AUGGGCAGGCAAACAGAAAUUAAAAGAAUAGAGAAUGAGCUAGUUGGGGAAAAGCCGUGGUUUGAGAAGGGAGAGGUCUCUGUUAAGGAGCGGCCAAAAAACUCUCUCUUGCAGGAGGAAGACUGCGACUCCGAUGAGUUUGUAAAAAACAUUGAGUUUAUUCGGAGCCGGGCAACGCUAAAAAUAGAGGACACCGUGGAUGUAAUGAUAGAGCGAGUGGUGAAAGAUCUGAUCAAAAAGAAGGAGUAUUCAAACCCUAGAAAGGUCACAGCAAAGACGGAGAAGGAGGCAAUGCCGGUCUCAGAGCAGGGCUUGAAGGAGGAGAGCAAGGCUGUCCACGACAUCCUGGACGGGCGCCGAACGGAAAACGACAAGUUUAUGAACCCAAACGAGAUGAUAAAGCUGUUCAACGAAAUAGACUCGGAGCUUGCUGCAAUAUCAGACAAAUCUUACACAAUAACCAGACCCAUGGCCACGACAGACAAUUAA